AGAAGAAGGAACGAACGAAUGCUUUCACUGGAUGAAGUUGCGAGAGCAGAGAGUCGAGCGAGCGGAGAAACAGCCGAACGCACAGCUGGUGUUGAGCGCGAGCAGAGAUGAAACUGAGCGCGAGAACAGUGUGUUGAGAGGGUUUUUCAGAGUUGAGCGCGCGCGUGUUGUCGCACUGCGCGCUCGGAUUGGUUCCUGCAAACCGAUGGCACAAAUAUCUCUCCAUAAACCUGCCGCUUCCGCAGUCAGGAGGACGCGCGUAGAAGUCAUGGCGGAGCGACAGCCUCCAGCGAAAGAGAAACUGCCCUUACUGCCCCUGCCGACAACUGCUUACACGGCAAAGACUUCAAAAAAGAAGAUGUCAAUGGAAGAGAAAAAUUCAAGAAAGAAAGAACUCGACCGAGCCCGAGAUAAGACGAGGGUAAAUAUCGGGUCAGCCUUUCAGAGGUGGAGAGAGCUUCGUGACCUGAAGGGAUUUAAAACCGAUUUUGAAUUGGGCACGUUUCUGCUUGACAGCUAUGAAUGUAGAAGCAAAAAAGAUCCUGCAGGACAUAAAGGCACAUCUGAACCUCUGACACCCCAGGUGCCUAAUGUCAAGGAGUCUCCUGAUCAUUACAGCCCUUUUAGAGAAGAGGCGGAUGAUGCUUUUAAAUCCAGGAUGUGCUCCGUCGUCAGAUGUGAUUCAUGGCGUCGUGGAGUGCAGUGCUUCAGUCUACCAGCAGACUCAGAUAAGAGACUGGAAUGGGUCCAGUUUCUUUUUCUAGUCAAUGGUCAGAGAAUUAAAGAAUCCUCAUGGGUUGACAUCAGGGUUUGUGCUGAACACUUCACACCUAGCUGUUUUCUCCAAGUGAAUCCAGCUGCCAGCAUUGCCCUGCUGAAUACAGACGCUGUGCCAUCAGUGUAUAAGGAAACAACUGAGCCAAUAGAUCCUGCUUUUAAACCUGACCAGAUAAAAACAAGUGCCGGUCCAACCCCAGGAUCUUCAGCGUUGGACAAAGAAGAGAUAUCAGCUUUAAGUGCCCCUGGAAGCCCAGCAUUAAGCACGGUUUCUGAAUCUUCAGAGUCCAGUUAUUGUAGAAUGCUGCAAAAAAUCGAAAACCUUGACAUUAUCCGGGAAAAAAUCAAUCUACUUCAGAGGAUGAAAAUGUAUGUUGUGAAUGAAAAGCAGCUCCUCCAGCUGUUCAGUGCCAAGUGCCCUUUAUGUCAAUCCAAAGUAAAGAUGGAGAAGUCGUUCCAUGGAGUUCUGCUAGUCCUGAACCAGCAGUGCCUGCAGUGUAGCUACAGUAGGCAAUGGAAAAAUCUGAGCGAAAAAAGCAUUUCUGUCCUUCUAGAUGAUCACCAGGCAGAAUGCUUGGAAAUAUCUGUAGAGAUAUCUGCAGAUGAGAUGUCAUCAGAGAAAGACCAAAUUGCUGAUGAAGAGGGUGAUCACAGGGAGGAACGGGAUGAACCCAGCAAGACGGAUAAGGUUGAGAAUUCAGAUGACAACUGGGAACCAGAGCACGAGUCUUUGAUUUUGGAUUCUGAUGAGGAUGAGGAUGAGGAUGAGGAUUAUAACCCUUCUGAUGAAGACACUGAGGAAUCUGCUCCAAAACACAAGGAGCUCUGCACAGAAUGUGGAAAGUUAUUUAAAACCAGAAGGCCUCACAUUUGUGAGUAUAAAAUUAAGCCCUUCUCUUGUAACAUCUGUGGGAAGAGGUGUGUCAGUGAGCAGUCUUUAGCAAUCCACAGCAAAAUACACAAUACAAACCAUCAGUUCCUAUGCAAAUUCUGCCUUGCUGGGUUCAAGACUAAAACUGACAAGAACAAUCAUGAGCAGAUCCACUCUGGUGAAGAAAGACCUUAUAAAUGUCCCCACUGUUCUGAGAUGUUCGACACGUUCAAGAACCGCCAAGUCCAUAUGAAAGAUCACCCAAAACAAGGUCUGCUAAAAUGUCACAUUUGUGGGAUGGAAUUUUUGUAUUUUAAAGUUUUCCAGAGACACCUGCUGGUGCAUACGGGAGAAAAACCAUUCAAGUGUUCAGUGUGUGAGCGAGGCUUUAACCAGUCUGGCCAUCUGAAGUCCCACAUGCGUAUGCACACAGGGGAGAGGCCUUACAAGUGUCAGCACUGCAACAGAGGCUUCAAUCACAACGUGAGCUUGAAGAGUCACCUCAAGCGUUUCCACACAGAGUCUGAGAAUCAGAAGAAGACUGCAAACCUGGAGGGAUCCGUUGGAGGUGACCCUGAGGGUGAAAGAGGCACAGACUCAUUGAAUGAUAUUGUAGAGGAGGAUCACGCUGUGAAAGACGUGUGGACUGGUGGAGGAGGGUUUAAAAAAAGGAGAACCACAGGCAGACCCAUCGGGAGACCAAAGAAGAAGAUCAAAGACACAACAGUUGAAGAGGAAAAACGGCAAAGACAAGAUAAAAACACUAAUACUGCUAAAGAUAGAAACCGGAAGCCAAGAAAGAGGAGACAGUCCAGUAGUGAAGAUGAUGAAGAGGAGCUGUGUGAAAGUGAUGAAUCCUUGGACCUAACGGAGGACGAGGAGAAGAACAAUGAAAAAGUGACAUCAAGGCAGAAAGAAAAUGAGGACUUAGACUUUGACCCCACUGAAAUGAAGAACAGGGAAAGAAAAAAAGUCUGUAAGACCCCAAAAAGGCCCAGAGGAAGACCAAGAAAGAAAGCUGUUUGUUGAGGAAACUGAAGCUAUGACUAAAAACUUUUGAAAAAAA